AAUAGCUUCUACAGACAGGAGCCGAAAAAGCCCAAGUUACUAAUAUAUGCGCAACUUCUUUUUCUCGCUGCAGGUCUGUGGAAAUAUUCAAGAAAAUGAACCUGCUCUUGGUGCUUGGAAUUGGGUGACUGAGACGUCAAUGGCAGUAAAGGAGUUCCAAUGGGCAAAUUUGGGGGUUCGUUUUGGGCUCCUGGCGGGAUUGCUGCUGUUCUCUGGAUCAUUCUUGGUGGUCCUAUAUCCCCUGAGUGGGCUCGAGGAGCACUAUAGGUCAGCGCUGAAGGUUUUGCUGCAGUUUAACUUGUUCGGUAGAGAUGGGCGCACUCAUCCGUAUGCAGGACAUACAACCGGUCUGGCUGUUGCUUCGACUGCAUUUGACCUACUGGUGUUAAAGCAGAAACCUACAUCAGAGGUUAAAUUUGAAGCCCAAGCUGCCCUGAACCAGGCGCUGGAAAUGAAACGUCAAGGGAAGCGGAACAAGGCACAUAAACUUCUCCAUCACGCCCUGAAGAUGGAUCCAGAUCACGUAGAUGCUUUAAAUGAGCUUGGAAUCUUCUUGGAAGAAGAAAAGGACAUUAUCCAGGCGGACUAUUUAUAUUCCAAGGCGAUAAUGAUUUCACCACACAAUGAAAAGGCUUUGAUAAACCGUGAUCGAACGUUACCCCUCGUGGAAGAGAUAGAUCAGAGAUACUUUAGUAUCAUUGAUAGCAAGGUCAAAAAAGUCAUGUCCAUUCCUAAAGGUAAUUCUGCUCUGCGAAGGGUUUUGGAAGAGUCAUACUAUCACCAUGUCUAUCACACAGUGGCUAUUGAAGGAAAUACCCUAUCUUUGUCUGAAAUUCGUCACAUAAUUGAAACUCGCUACGCUGUGCCGGGUAAAAGCCUUGAAGAGCAAAAUGAGGUUAUAGGAAUCCAUGCUGCCAUGAAAUACGUCAACGACACUUUAGUAUCCCGAAUAGGAUCCGUAACCAUAAACGACAUUCUGGAAAUACAUAGAAGGAUAUUGGGCUAUGUGGACCCCAUCGAAGCUGGCCGAUUUAGAGUUAACCAAGUGUUUGUGGGUCAUCAUAUACCUCCUCAUCCCAGAGAUGUCGAGAAACUGAUGCAAGAGUUUGUUCAAUGGCUUAACUCCGACGAUGCAAUGAACUUACACCCAGUGGAAUUUGCAGCGCUAGCUCAUUAUAAACUAGUUUAUAUCCACCCGUUUGUGGAUGGUAACGGAAGAACGUCUCGCUUGCUCAUGAAUGUCAUUUUAAUGCAGGCAGGAUAUCCAGCCAUUACCAUAAGAAAAGAACAGAGGUCAGAAUAUUAUCACGUCUUGGAACUAGCAAAUGAAGGUGAUGUGAGGCCUUUCAUCAGAUUUAUUGCCAAAUGUACAGAGACCACUUUAGAUCUUCUUUUGAUAGCUACAACAGAGCAUCCCGUGGGCCUUCCUGAGCCCAGUCCUGGGUGCAAGCAAACUAUUCCCGUGAAAACCUGAACAUAAGAGAACCUUAUUAGCGAUGCCUUAAACACUCACACCUCUGAGGAUAUGCUGGUUGAGGUAUUCAACUGGCUCGUCCUCUUAACUUAUUUGCUCAUGUGUUGCUGCUGAAUGGGGUUACAACAUUUCAUAUUUAAAGAGUAAUAUCCUGCAGUAUGAAGUAAAGUGUACCUGUAUUUCAUAUUUGUGCCAAUUAAAACAGAACCACCAGACAUGCAGCUACAACAGAGAAUAUAUUUGUUAGCAAUAAUUGUAUUACUUUAUACUGUAGUUUAUUACCUUUUUAUUGCAAUUUAAACAAUGACAUUAUAUUAUUGUACU